AUGACCUUUUUUAUCCUUUUAAUGUUUCAAUACUUGAGUAGUCUAGAAAUAAAGGAGAUGGAAUCUAUAUAUUAAUAUAGCUAAAAAUCAAUUACGGUAUCAGGAGUUAGAGUUACACCAACAUUUUCGACUGCCUUCAGAUAUGGAUUAUGGUCAAAAUAUAAUCCCUUAACAAGUAUUCUUUAAGUUGGAAGUGUUGGAUUAUUUGAUAGUGAUUGCUUCCAUUUACAUAGUGCGGUUGAAGAAUCAUCUUUGACUCUCAAUCUUAUUUAUUAUGAUUGCAUAGAUAUUUCUUUAAAGAAAAUCACUAAAACAAUUGCAUUUAUUGAUAAUGAUAGCAUGCAACAUUCGUAUACAAUAGAUAUAGAUCCAUUUGAGUAUGAAAAUGUUUGGUAUUAUAUUUAAAUUUUACAAUGGCCUUUAUAAGAAAGAUUUGAAUUAAUUUUUAUAUAUAAAGAGAAAAUUAUUCGAGAAAAUUUGAAAAUUAAACAACCUUUUAAAGAUCAAAGUUUAAAGCUAAUUUUCGGUGGUGGAAUGAUAGUACAAUAAUCUAUGAUUGAAACAAUCGUAUCAGGUACAAAAUUUGCUUAUUUUCCUGGUAAAAUGAUAAAAGUUGAAUAUGAAUUUGGGGAGAUAUCAGUAGAUGAAGAUCAAGAAUAGUUGGCAAGAAUGGCUUUUGAACCAUACAGUUUAUGUAUUUGUAACAUGACUAGUGAAUUGAGAUUGGAAGACAAUUCUAUGAAAUAUUUGGAUAAUUUAGUGUAUAUUUCAGAGAAUAUUAAUUGUAAUUCUUUUGAAUUAUCUGGAUGGUUGAAAAUAGCUGAUAUUAUUUAGAGUUCAGAUGAAUUUAUUUAUCCUUUCCUUAUCCUUUCAUCUAAUUUCUAAAAUUCAUUAUCAAAAAUAACCUUAUCUCCAUUUACUUUAUCGUAUAAAAUUUCUCCAAUAAGAAAUUAAAUAAUUGUCACAACUUAUAGCUACACAUUUCCAUCAGUCAUUUCUGAUGAUUAAUAAUUAAUCUAAAAAGAGUUUGAUAUUUUAAAUAGUAUAACUCUUUGGUAAAAAGUAAAAAUAACUCUUAUUGCUGAUUAAUUGAUAAUUAAUAUUAAAUUUUAUGAAAACUAUGAUUAUUAUGAAUAUAGUACUAAUGAACAAGUAAAUUAGUUUAAGUGUACUUAAUUUAAACUUUUAUAUGGUAAUAUAAAUUAAUCUAGAACAAAUUAUUUAAACAUUUUAUUUAGAAAUAUAUUAUUUAAUAAUUGUGAAACAGAUAAUACUAUAUAAAGUUGUCAUCACAGUUGUUAAGAAUGUGAUGGACCUUCUUAGAAUAACUGUUUAUCUUGUAGAGGUUUAAGAAUUUAUUUACCUGAAUUUAAAGCUUGUGUGUGUCCAUUUAAUACUAUUGAUUAAGAGAAUUGUGUUUCUUAUAUAGAUUCUGAACUAGAAUUAUCAAGUUUGAAAAAGAAAAUGCCUAAAUGUAAAUAUGGUUAUUUUGAAUAUGAAAAUGAUUGUAUACGUUGGUAAUUAAUUAUAAUAAAUAUAAUAGUCCUUCGAUAAUUAAUGAUUAAGUGGCAACUUGUUAAGAAUGUUUAUAGAAUCCUUAAGGAUGGAGCAAAGAACCUUAUUGUGAAAAUGAUUUAUUCUUAAAUUAAAACGGUGAUGUUAAAACUAAUUUUUGGUUGGGUUAUCAAGUUUAUUAUCUAUUUGAUGGGAUAGAUUUAAUGUAUUGUAAAAAUUGCAAUAGUUCAUACUCUUUUAUUGUUGAUGAUUAUAAUGUUAAGAGUGAAAUAACUUUAAAAUAACAAAUUUUUUUAUUUUUAGAUGAAUAUCCUUAUUGUGAUAAAGCUAUUAAAAAUAUUCAAGGCCAUUAUUGUAUUUUAUGUGACAAAUCAUCAUACCCUAUGAAUGAUGGCAAUUGUACAUUAAUUAAUGAAGAUUUUAAUUAAUUAGACUGUUUGGCACCAUAUUAUAUAAAUUCAUUAAGAAGAUGUAAAUUAUGUCCAAUUCUUAAUUGUAAAUACUGCUUUGAAUAUCAAUCUAAUGAUUUAACUAAAUGCACUCUUUACAAUAAUUUUGAUGAUUUUAACUCAGAUCAGGAAAUCAAAAUUGGAUGUGCAUUAUGUGAAGAUAAUUUUAUUUUCGAUUUUGAUGCUGGAAUAUGUUUAUUUAAUAUUCCAAAAAUAUAAUAUUGUUUGAGAUCUUAUAUUUAUGAUGGUUAAGAAGUAUGUACAUUAUCAUAGAUUCAAGAUUUUUCUUUGGCUCCUGAGAUAAUUAAUUGCCAAAAUCUUUAACCUCAUUGUUUACAAUGUAUUUAAUCUCCAGAAUUCACAAUUAAGUGUAUUAUAUGUUAGAUAGGAUAUGUUACCUCUGUUACAACUGGAGGAUGUUAUUAGGCUUAACAAUAUAAAUUAUAGGGAUCUAAAAUAAUAAUUGAAGGAGUUUACUCAAAAAUGGAUGGAUGGGUUUAAAGAAUACAGAGUUUCAUGAUGUAAUUCUUACCAAAUAAAUAUUUUUACUUUCAAUCUAAAUUUGAUUAAAUGCUUUCCUAAAUUGCAGUUGAAUGUAAAGAGGGUUAUUAACUUUCCUCUUCUGCCGAAUGCUCUAAGUAUUGCGAUCCUUCAUGUUUGAAUUGCAAAUUACAUGCAAUUUAAGGUUAUUAUUGUAAUACUUGUCCUUUAAAUUAUUAUUACUAACCUAUCAGAGAUUAGAGAAAUGGAAAAUGUUUUGAAUGCACUCAACUUUGUUAAGCUUGUUAAGUCCGGACAGAUGAUGAAAUAAAUGUAAUUAUUAUAUAUUUAAGUUUUAGAGAUAGUAACCAAAAUUCAUAAUAGAUAAUAACAAUUUAAUUUAUACUACAAAGUGUCUAAAACCUGUAUAACAUCCUUAGAUCUAUUUGGAUCCAUAUGAUUAAAUAGCAAAGUAUUGUUUUGAUGAAAAUUGCUCAUAAAUAUUCUUGUAUCAGAAAACAAUUAAUUAUUGUUAUUGGUUUGAUAUAAUGUGGUAAACAUAAUUGAACAUUGAAUAUUUUAAUAAAUUGAGCUUAGAUAGUUUAAUAGUUCGAUUUACUUUUACUAGUCCUGUGGAUAUAUGUACAUUAGCUAACUUUUAUGUUGAUAGUUAAAUUAAAACAAAAGUUUUUUCUCUCAAAUAUAUUCAUUUCAUUUUGAAUUCAAGAAAGGAUUUGAUAUUGUUAAUACCAAGUCUAAUUUAUAUAAAUAAUAUUGAUAAACUAGAGAUUAACUAAAUUAUUUUUUUAAACUUAAAUAGCCCUAUGUUUGUUAUUCAAAACAACAAUGAAAAAACAGAAUUAAGUUUGUAAAAUGUUAUUUUUUUGGAAACUGAAAUACAAAACAUUUAAUCAAUUUUUUCUAGUAAAAGAUUUGGUGAUAUUUAAAUUAGAGAUGUUUAAUUAUUAAACAUAAACUUUGUUAAUUCUUCUAUUUUGAAUGUAAAAGAUUGCUUGAUUUCAGGAGUUAUAAUCAUUGAAAAUUUUGUUAUAAGAAAUUGUACAUUCUUAAAUUCAAAUUUCUUUUAAUUUAUGGAUAAUAAAGUUAUUUUGUCAGUUAAACAUCUUCUUAUAGAAGAUAGUGUAUUCACAAAUUCACAUCUUUAUUAUUUUGAUUCAAAUAUUUAACAAUUAAGUAAGCUAGAAUUUUAUAAUGUAAAAGUUCAACAGAGCAAAUUCUUAAAUUCAAGCCUAAUAAACUGCUAUGAUUAUGUUUCGCUAUCAAUGAUUAACUUGUAAUUUAAUUAGAAUAUAUUGUUUUAAUCAAACAUAUUUGCUUCGAAUUAUAAUCUCUCUCUUUAAUAUGUUUAAGUAAUGCAAAACUAAUUUGUAGAAUCAUAAUUUAUAUCCCUAAUUGAAGAAAAUUAUAAUUUACCAACUUUUGUACUUAUUGAUUAGAUUGAUGUUUAAAACAAUUAAUUUUAGAAUUCUAAAUUUUUGAGAAUAUUAACUAAUUAAGAAUCUAGUCAAGUUGAUUUAGAGAUAAGAAAUUUAAUCUUUGAUUAAAUAGUAGGUGCAAAUAAUUCAGAUAAUAAUUAAUAUCUCUUUAAAAUUAGAUGUUUUAAAUUAAAAAUUUAAGAUUUGAUUUUCAGAAACUUAAAAAAUCUUCUCAUAUUUUAUAUAUUUGAGGGUAAGGAUAUUAUGAUUUCAAAUGUACUUUAUGAAAAUUCUGUUUAAAUAUAUUAAUUGCCAUUUUCACAAUAUUGUUAAGUUAAAAUUAAUGAGAAAAACUAACUGUUGAAAAUAGAGAACUUUUAUACUUUAAUUAUUACCUCUGUUUAAAUUAUUAAUUAAUUUACAAUUGAUGAAUCCUUUGUUGAUUUAUUGCAGGCAAAAGAUUUUUCUAGCUCUUCUAAAUUAGAAAUUACCGAACUUAAAUUUAUUGGAAACUUGUAAUUAUUUAAACAAUCUCAAAAAUCUUUUUCACUAUUAACUAUUAAUUCAGAAUAGAGUAUUAUUGUUUUAGUAAAUAGAAUUACAUUUUUAGAAAAUUGUUUUCAUUCAUAAGCUGAUAGUUUUUUGUAAUCUUACUCUUCUUUACUUUUCUUUAAUAUUAAAUCUAGUAAAGUGUAAAUUAUUAAUUUAUUAUCAGAAAGAAAUGCAUUUACAAAUUCAUCCAACUCAUUUGUUUACAUAAAUUCUAAAACACUAUUUAUGUAGAAUUUAUAAAUAUCUAAUCAUAAUGUUCUAACAUAUAAAUUAUGGGAAAAGUUUUAUGGUGUAAAAUUAGAUUAAUUCUUUAAUUAAUAACAAAUUAAUUUAUUUGCUUUUUAAACAUUUAAUAUCACAAAUAUAGGAGGAGUUGGUUAAAUAACAGCAUCUAUGUUUACAUGUUUAAAUUGCCAAUUUUAUAAUAUCUUUGCAUCAAAAAGCUCCAUUUUUGAAAUUAAGACCGAAGAUUUUGGAAUAAUAAAACUUACAUAAAUUAAGGCAAAUUAUAUAAUAAGUGACUUAAAAUAAGUAUCUAAUAGUUCAGGUUGUAUUAGCAUCUACUCCUUUAAUAGUCUUUUAGAUAUUACAAUUUAAUAAUCUGAAUUUUAGAAUGUGUUUAAUAGAAUGUCUUCAUCUAUUUUAUCAAUAUAGCCAUCUAAGAUUAAAAAUAGAAUUAGUUUAAUAGAUAUUUAGAUCUAUGAUUGUUUAUCUUUAAUGAAUCAAAUACUUUUUGUAGAAUUUUCAAACAAAAUAAUUGAUUAAAAUAAUUUAGAUAUAAGAAAUAUUAUUAUAACUUAAAAUAUUGAUUCCUGGAUAUUAUUGUUUACUUAAAUGGGGAAUAUAAGUUUCACAGAACUAUUAGAUAUAUCAAGUAGCUAAAAUUCAUUAUUUUAUAUUGAAAGCGGUUCAAUAUCUAUGAUUAAUAUUAGUUUUGCAGGUCUCUAUUUAUCUCCAAUUUUAAGUAUUGUAAAUGCACCAAUAUUAAAAUUAUAGAAUCUUUAAAUUGAAUAAUUAUAACGAUUUUACUCUUUCAAUUUGAUAAUUAUAAAUUAGAUGAUAGAUAUUUAAUCAAAAGUACUGAUGCAUUAAGUAAGUAUUGUAAAAAGUUUAAAUUAUUAAGCAGGACUUCAAAAGAUAUUUUUAUAGAACUUUAAUUUUAUACUUGAUGGAUGUAUUGUAGUUACCAAUUAAUCUACAGAAACAUCUGGAAAUUAACAUUUCUAUUUUUUGAAUGAGAUUCUUAAUACAAUGGAAAAACAUACUUAAACAACACUUUCAUUAAUUUAUAUUUAAAGUCUAUCAAAGAAGAAUUCAUUUUAUUUCAAUCAAUUAAAAAUCCUGGAAAAUAAUUGUAUAAAUUGUAUCAAUGGAUUGAUUUAUUUUGAGUUACUCAAUUUCUAAAAUAUUACAAUAUAAGAACUAAAUUGUAAUUACAAUGUUAUGACAUAGUAUGGAUGCUUAAAAAUUGUUGAUGAAAAUCAAGAAUCUUUGCCUAUUCGACUAAUAAACUCUAAUUUCAUUCAAAAUAAUGGAAGUUAAGGAAUUGCUAUCUCAUCAAAUAGUCCAAUCAGUAUUAAAAAUUGUAAAAUAAUUUCAAACAUUGCCAGCUUUAGAGGAGGAGGCAUUUAUUUAAAACUGAAUAGUUAUUAAUUUAUAAUAAAAAAUUCUAUUAUUGUUGGGAAUAAAGCAAAAGAAGGUGGAGGAAUAUUUUUUAGUGGAGACAGUAAUUUAAAUCAAAAUAAUUUUAUUUAAACAUAUCUACUCUUUAAUUAUGCUUAUGAUUAUGCUAAUAAUGUAGUUGAAAGCCCAACACAUUUGGCAUUAUUUGUAAAUUCUUAAGAAAUGUAAGGAGAUAAAUUAAAAUUAUAAAAAAUUUUAACCAAUAUUCUAAGGAUUUUUCCUUACAUGACCAUAGAACAAGAAAUUAAAAUUAAAACUGCUUAUUUAAUGAUUCCUAGUGGCUAAGCAAUCUAGGGAUAUUCUCUUUUCAUUCCUAAAAAAUCAUAAAGUGUUAAGUAGAUUAAAUAAAUAGAAUUAAUAUAUAAAAAUAAUUUAAAUGAAUUAUAAAAAAACUUAGUUAAUUCAUCCUGCGUUAUAACAGAAAAUAUAGUCAAAAUGAAUGAAUAAAUUGUUGAAAAUCAGCAACAUGCUUAAUUGCUUUUUAAUACUGAAAAAAAUCAUUUUGAUUUAAGUUCAAUUUCUUUUACACUAGACCCGUAUAUAUAAGAAAACAAGUAUUUAGAAAUUGGUAUUAUUUGUUCAACUUAAGAAUAUAAAAAUUCAUUAAAAUAUAUCAUCUAAGCUAAAAGUUAUAAAUGUUAACUUGGAGAAUUCUAUGUUGAUAAUGGAUGUUAAAUUUGUGAAUCAAAUCAAGGUUUUUAUUCUGUAACAUAUGAUUCAAUUAAAUGUUCUAUAUUUGAUAAAGAGAAAUUUUAGGAGAUAGCUUCAAAUCAAAUUAAAUUAUUGGAAGGAUAUUGGAGACCAAAUUAUUAAUCAGAUUAAUCUACUUUAUGUUUUAAAAUAACAAGUUUUUGCUUAGGAGGAUGGGGUGUUGGAGAUGCACUUUGUAGUAAAGGACAUGUUGGAGCCUUGUGUGAAGAAUGUGAUAUUUAUAAUGUUCAAGGAAAUGGAAAAUUCAUUAAAAAUUAAUAAAAUUCUGAAUGUUUUCUCUGUUUUAGUGCGCAAGAUAGCAUUCUUCCUUUCAUUUUAAAUACACUUUGGUAAGUUAUAUUAAUUAUCUUAGGGCUAUACUUUCGAUCAUUCUUACUUUGAAAAGCAUUGGAAAAUCAAAUGAUUUGUUCUUAUUAUACAAAAUUUAAGGAAGCUUUAAUUAAAUUCUUUUUAAAUUAAAUCAAGGUAUUAUAUUUAAUAUUUUAGAUCUUGAGGGUAUUCUAAUAAAAAUGCUCUUAAAUUAUUUAUGGAUAUUUUCAGUUAUAUUUUCAUUGAAUAUUAGUUUUUCCUUUUAAUUCAACUUUGUUGAUUAAGCUAGUAAUUAAUCUUAUUCAAUGGCUAAUAAUUUAGAUUGUUAUUUAUCUGAAAUAGCAAGUGUUGAGAUUAUCUAUUCCAAAAUUAUUCUAAUUUGGAUAUUAAUAUUAUUGCAAUUUAUUGUCAUCAUUUUCGGAUUGAUAAUAUUUUCUAUAAUCAUUAAUUAAAAAUUUAAAUUAGACAACAUUUCUAAUACCUUACUUUGUUUAUAUAUUUUCAAUUAUGCAGGAUUUAUCAAAAUGUAUUAAAUUAAAUUAAUAUUAGGUUAUGUUCCGUGGUUUCAUAUAGAGAAAUAUCUAACAUAUAAUAUAUAUCUGGAGAUCUUACAUUAGAAUUUAAUACAGAGACUCAUCAUUAAUGGAUUAUGUAUUUAAUUCUUCCUGGAUUAAUAAUUUUUGGCUGCUUGAUUCCUCUUUCAUUAUUUUUAUUAAUGUAUUUUAAAAGAAAUGAUUUGGAUAAUCAUAUAUUCAGACCUCACAUAUGUUAUCUUUAUAAUGAAUAUGAAAAAGAAAGUUAUUAUUGGGAAUAAAUAAAAUUAAGUAAAAGAGCUAUAAUGAUACUCAUUUUGACAUAUUUUGAGACUAAUAUUCAUUUGAAAGCAUCAUUAAUAGGAUUGAGUCUAAUUAUUUAUUAGCUAUUAGCAAUUAACAAGAAGCCUUAUAUCAUGACAAAAUUUAAUAAAUUUGACUUAUCAACAGGUUAAAUGUGUUCAAUUUCAAUAUUUUUAUCUACAAUUAAAUAUGAAAGUGAAAAGUUAAAUAAUCAAAUGAUAUCUUUAGCUCUCUAAGUCUGCUUAAUGAUACUUUUUGUACUUAUCACUUUUCCAUUUAUUCAUAGUAUAAUACAGAUUUACUACAAAAAAUAUAAACUCAUUUUAUUGAAAUAUCUAUUUUUGAUUUUUAAGUAUUUCCGAUUAAAAUAAGCAUCAAAAAAAUUUGAAUUAAUUUUAAAUGAAAAAUAUUAAAAAGAAUAAAGGAUAAAAGAUAAUUACUUAAAAUUAAGAUAAUUCCUUUUGAUUAUAUCAAAAGCUUAAUUAAAAUAUAGACCGUAAUUAUUAUUCAAAUAUAUUUAGUGCUCUUGAAUCCACUUUUAAUUCAAGAAAGAAUUAUCAACAAAAAUUAAUAAGUUCAGCCAUGCAAGGUUAGUCUAUCUUAUUAACUGGAUAAAGAUUGUAAUGA